AUGCAGCUCGCCACCUCGGCUUUAUUUCCUAUGGUUUUGUACACCGCCAUCAAGUUGAAUUUGCUUGAAAUCAUAGCAAAAUCUGGCCCUAGAUUGACGCUUUCGCCGUCCCAGAUCGUAGCCCAGUUGGCUAUGAAAAAACCAGCUGCAGCUUCCAUGGUGGACCGGAUGCUUCGUUUGCUGAGUGCCCAUUCCGUGCUCACUUGCGACGAGGUUGCCGGUUCAGGGGAGGAUGGUUCUGUGCAUGAAAGGGUUUACGGGUUGACUCCGGUUGGAAAAUAUUUUGUUGAGAAUGAGGAGGGCUUCUCGGUUUCUCAUUUGGUUGAAUUGCACAAUGACAAAGUUUUCAUGGAAAGUUGGUAUGAACUCGGGGAUGCGGUUAUUGAAGGGGGGAUUCCGUUCAACCGAGUCCAUGGGACUCAUGCAUUUGAUUACCCUAGCCGGGAUCCAAGAUUCAAUGAGCUGUUCAACAAGGGAAUGCUUUGCACCUUGGUUGAUGUAGGUGGUGGUCUUGGAAUAACACUUCACAAGAUCAUAUCAAAAUACCCCUUAAUUAAGGGCAUCAAUUUUGAUCUACCUCAUGUUGUCCGCGCCGCACCAUCUUAUCCUGGGAUGGACCAUGUCGGGGGAGAUAUGUUUGAAUGUGUUCCAGGUGGAGACGCCAUUUUUAUGAAGAUGAUACUUCACGACUGGAGUGAUGAUUAUUGCUUGAAACUUCUAAAGAACUGCUUCAAUGCUCUUCCAGAGGGCGGGAAAGUAAUCGUUGUCGAUCUGAUUCUACCUGAGAAACCCGAUUCCAGCCCUUCUUCAAAAGGUAUUCUCAGCACUGACGUGCUGAUGAUGACUGUGAAUCCGGGAGGGAAAGAAUGGUCUGAGAAUGAAGUUCGGGCAUUGGCGGUUACGCUGGAUUCAGAGACGCAAGGUUGGUCACCCGUGUUGGCAUUUUAG